CAGGUACAAAUCACUGCAGAAAUCCAUAUGUUCGAAAUCAAUUUCUUGGCGGUGUGCCUUUGACUGGGCUAUAAUGGCACUGCAGUCUUCUCAAACUAUCUAUGCAUUGGUGUUAGCAACCAGGCAAUAUAUAUAUCGUUCCAUGGUUUUCUUUUUAUCGUUCUCCCAAACUAUUCAUUUCUCCCGUGAGAAGUAAGGUACAACAAGAUACAUUGCAACUGCAACUAGCGCAUUAUAUUUUCUCUACUAGAAUUUCACUGAGGAGACAUGUCGAAGAAUUAGCCGACUUGCACUGGUAACUCGGUUCCAUACAGGGAACUUGAUAAACCGCAAGAGCCCUCAUGGGAAGUUUGGAGCGAGGGAAGCGUUCUGGUGGUUUCAAUUUUCUUCUGUGGAGCUGCUGUGAUUGCAGUUUCCCUGCCACAAGCAGCAUUCUGGCUUGGAAGCCGUAACAACCUACAGCUCGUCAUUGUUGGUCUGGCUAUUAAUCUUAUGAAUUACUGCUUUGAAAUCGAGGCUCAGGCGCUUAUCUUGGUUGUGGAAGCACGUUUCGGUCGAUCCACCUUACAAAACUUGAAUCAAUACUCAACAACAGUUUUUUCAUCAAACAUGCUCACAAAUACAUGCGGCUAGUCAUACUGGUCUUAUCCGCAUUCUCUCUGCUUUUGAAUGCUGCCUACUUAUCAGUCGACAACGGCGAGACAUACAGGAGAUUCGGGCUGGCUGCUGAAUGGUCAAUCCUUUUUGCGCUACAAGUACAACAAUACUUACCAGCUUAGCAAUCCUUUGCUCGAUAAUAGGAUAACAGCUAUCAUGAUCUAUGCUACCGAGCCAGUCGUGACCCUGAAUACCAGACAUCCGCUGCAACUUGGAAGCUAUGGUUUGAACAUGCAAGUUCUCAAUCACAAUACUACAGCAAUGCUAGAUCCUCCAACCAGACACUACCUUCAGUCCCUGCGGAAUAACAUGCGUCAAGUUCAGACUGUUUACCUUCGAGCCUCAGUCAACGCCACUUUCAGCAGUGUCAACUGCACAAAUGUGGACAAUUCAUGUAGGAGGCCUGCUGGAUUCUUUGACUCCACCUCUCUAUCCCAUGCGGCAUGGGAAUCCACCGUUAACUUUGCCGGCGCCAGCAACAUAAAAUUCACCAUGGAAGUCAAUAAAGCGCAGCAAGAAGUUUUAUUCAUCUCUGCUUGGGACGAAUCGGCUGACCCUCCGGCAAGCAUAAGCUCGGAAUUAAUUGGGUUUAAUCUGUAUCGAGGUCAUUGCGAUGGCAGAUGGAGGGUUGAUGAAACUACAGUGCUAUUGGAGGAAGCAAGCGGGUGUCUUCUGUCUGACUUCUCUACCCCACAACGGCUGACUGUCGAGAAUAGUGACUGAGCAUCAUUACAGAACCUACAACAAGUACUAGCAGAUGCUAUGGUCACAGCUAGCAAUGAUCCAAUACCUAAGAUUCUCCCUACACGUUUUUCGGCCCAGUCGGCAAUUGUCCCAUCAAUGGUUUGGUCUAAGUUAUCAUUCGAUGUCAUUGAGACUAUGACUACUUUUUUCAGCCACUAUCCUGAGCUUAAUUAUGUUACAGAGUCAUGUCUACAAGCGAGCGUGCAAACAUUAAAACAAAACACUCUGCUCUUUGUCGUUUUAUGCAUUCAGCCUGUUAUUGUAUUUAUAUUCAUGAUCAUUCGAUACCGUUUAAGACAUACUCCGAUAUCAAAUGAAUUCGGACUGGUCUCCUUACUUGCGGGGAUUCAUCCGAACAGUGUCAGACUCCUCAAAGGUGCUAGCUUCAGCGGUGUCUUGAACGCUCCAGCCGGACUUACCAUUAACGUCAUUGAAGAUGGUGAAGCAGAUGGGCAUCGCUCUGGGCAUUUAGAGUAUGUCUUGAAUACUGAAAUAGGUAGUAAAAGUGGCUUGCUGGUCAAAGGAGUCAGUUAUUAUUGAAUGUGUAAUUAGCAAAAUAUUGGUUGUUCGUUUUCAUGUUUAUGGCCUGCUUCAUGUGGAUGAAAACUCUUUUCUGUUAGGUUCCUUGGGUUUCGAUUGUUCAUCAUUCGCGAUACCACCACUUUAAUAAAAGUUAACCU